GGCGCCGGACGCGGGGAUAUGGGAGCAGGUGCGGGACGUGGUGGUGUUCGCGGGCCCGGCGCUCGGGCUCUGGAUCUGCGGCCCGCUCAUGAGCCUCAUCGACACCAUGGUCAUCGGCCAGACGUCAUCCCUCCAGCUCGCCGCACUAGGGCCUGGCACCGUGUUCUGCGACUACCUGUGCUACAUAUUCAUGUUCCUGUCCGUCGCCACCUCCAACAUGGUGGCCACCUCCUUGGCUAACAAGGAUGAAGAACUUGCACAGCAUCAAGUAUCUAUGUUGCUAUUUCUAGCUCUUGCUUUUGGUGUAGGAAUGUUCUUGUUCACUAAGAUUUUUGGGGUUCAAGUAUUGACUGCUUUUACUGGAUCAAAGAAUUAUGAAAUUAUUUCUGCUGCCAAUACAUAUGCACAGAUUCGAGGCUUCGCAUGGCCUGCAGUUCUUGUUGGCUUAGUUGCUCAAAGUGCUAGUUUAGGCAUGAAAGAUUCUUGGGGUCCUUUGAAGGCAUUGGCAGCUGCUAGUGUUAUAAAUGGUGUAGGUGACAUAUUUCUUUGCUCUGUAUGUGGCUAUGGAAUUGCUGGUGCUGCCUGGGCUACCAUGAUUUCACAGAUUGUUGCAGCUUAUAUGAUGAUGCAAAAUCUAAAUAAUAGAGGUUUUCGAGCUUUCUCAUUCACAAUCCCGUCAACAAGAGAGCUUCUGCAGAUAUUUGAACUUGCAGCUCCUGUUUUUGUGACAAUGACAUCCAAGGUAGCAUUUUAUGCAUUACUUACAUACUCCGCGACUUCUAUGGGAGCAAUAACUCUUGCAGCCCACCAGGUUAUGGUUAAUAUCUUAUGCAUGUGCACUGUUUGGGGUGAGCCGCUGUCACAAACUGCACAGUCGUUCAUGCCAGAGAUGAUAUAUGGAGCUAAGCGCAAUUUGAUGAAGGCAAGGAUGCUUCUGAAGUCACUUGUUAUGAUUGGUGCUAUAGCUGGAGUGACCGUGGGAACAGUUGGAACGAUUGUUCCAUGGCUUUUUCCCAGUCUAUUUACCAACGAUCAAAUGGUUGUACAACAGAUGCACAAAGUGCUGAUUCCAUAUUUCACUGCAUUGUUGGUGACACCUUCAGUACACUGCCUUGAAGGAACAUUAUUGGCUGGAAGGGAUCUCAGGUAUUUGAGUCAAUCAAUGGGUGCAUGCUUCUGCAUUGGAACCGUUCUACUAUUGGUUGCCCGCGACAAAUUUGCUAGCUUGCCAAUAUGCUGGUGGAUACUUGUUUUCUUCCAGUGGAGUCGGUUCGGAAGUGGUCUACAACGUCUUGUUUCUCGGAAUGGCAUGUUGUACAACGAAAAUUUCAACCAGCCUGAUUAUGCCAAGGUGAAGGCCACAUAAGGAUGUAUUAUUGGUUGACAUGAGGAGACAACAAAUACAUGCAUAUCUGCCAUCCUGGAAAGAUCAUGCUGUUUCUGACCACCAUCUGUUGUGGUCAUAGCUGAGCUGCACAUGAUAAUAUUUGAAGCAAAAGUUCAAGGCCUUGUCCGAGGUGGUUAGGACUAGGAAAGUCCAUUUGGCCCUAGUGUAGGAUUCAUCAUCUUGUCGGUAUCUUUUGUCCUAGGAAUCUUGUAUCUCAUGCAUUAUUGCUGCUGAGAAGGCUACAAUGUAAAAGCGCAGUCAUUGCAAGCAUAUAAAUAUUAAUUUAUCUGGUUUAAAAAUACAAGGGUCAAUGUUAUCUGAAUUACUUUGUCCCAAUUUUAGAAUAAUAUGAUCAAGAAAUCCUGGAAAGCAAGAUUGUCAGUUUGUAA